CCGUGCCACCGCCUCCGCCUCCUCCUCCUCACCAGCGCUAAAGCCGGGACUGGACCGAGCGGAGUUGUGCGUGUCGCCGAAGGGGGGUGGGCCGGGGGAGGGGAGGUUCGUUCCGCGGAGCCCGUAGCCAGAACCGGGACCAGAAAUCGUCUUCAACUCUCUGUGGUGCAUCCUUGGCAGAAAGCGAGAAGGAAAACACCCACAUUGUUCUUUGGCAUGGACACAAGUUCAGUGGGAACAUUAGAAUUGACUGAUCAGACUCCUGUUUUAUUAGGGAGUACGGCCAUGGCAACUAGUCUCACGAAUGUAGGAAAUUCAUUUAGUGGUCCACCUAACCCUUUAGCAUCUAGAUCUAAUAAGUUUCAAAACUCACCAGUGGAAGACGAUGAUGACGUUGUUUUUAUUGAACCUGUACAACCUCCCCCACCUUCUGCACCAGUGGUAACUGAUCAAAGAACCAUAACAUUUACAUCAAAAAACGAAGAACUGCAAGGAAAUGAUUCCAAAAUUCUCCCGUCCUCAAAAGAAUUGGCUUCUCAAAAGGGAAGUGUAAGUGAGACAAUUGUCAUUGAUGACGAAGAGGACAUGGAAACAAAUCAAGGGCAAGACAAAAACUCCAAUUUUGUUGAAAGGAGACCCCCUGAAACUAAAAACAGAACAAAUGAUGUGGAUUUCUCCACUUCCAGUUUUUCAAGAAGUAAGGUAAAUGCAGGAAUGGGUAAUAGUGGUAUCACCACAGAACCAGACUCUGAAAUUCAGAUUGCUAAUGUUACAACCUUAGAAACAGGUGUAAGCUCUGUGAAUGAUGGCCAAUUAGAAAAUACUGACGGGAGAGAUAUGAACUUAAUGAUUACACAUGUAACAUCACUGCAGAAUACCAACUUGGGAGAUGUCUCUAACGGACUGCAGUCAAGUAAUUUUGGUGUUAAUAUACAAACAUACACCCCAUCUUUAACUUCACAGACCAAGACUGGAGUAGGACCUUUUAAUCCUGGUAGAAUGAAUGUGGCAGGAGAUGUAUUUCAGAAUGGAGAAUCUGCAACUCAUCAUAAUCCUGAUUCUUGGAUCUCCCAGUCAGCAUCAUUUCCCCGUAAUCAGAAACAGCCAGGGGUGGAUUCUGUAUCACCAGUGGCCUCACUUCCUAAACAGAUUUUCCAGCCUUCUGCCCAACAGCAACCUACUAAACCAGUUAAAGUCACUUGUGCAAACUGCAAAAAACCUUUACAGAAAGGACAGACAGCUUACCAACGAAAAGGAUCAGCUCAUCUCUUUUGUUCUACCACCUGCCUUUCUUCCUUCUCUCACAAGCCUGCUCCAAAGAAACUCUGUGUUAUGUGUAAAAAAGAUAUAACUACAAUGAAAGGAACCAUUGUUGCGCAAGUGGAUUCUAGUGAGUCCUUCCAGGAAUUCUGUAGUACAUCUUGUUUGUCUCUCUAUGAAGACAAGCAAAAUCCUAGUAAAGGAGCUCUAAAUAAAUCAAGAUGUACAAUUUGUGGUAAACUAACAGAGAUUCGCCAUGAAGUUAGCUUUAAAAAUAUGACUCAUAAGCUGUGCAGCGACCACUGCUUUAAUAGAUAUAGAAUGGCCAAUGGUCUAAUAAUGAAUUGCUGUGAACAAUGUGGAGAGUAUUUGCCUAGUAAAGGUGCUGGAAAUAACGUUCUGGUGAUUGAUGGUCAGCAAAAAAGAUUUUGCUGUCAGAGUUGUGUCAGUGAAUACAAACAGAAAUAUGGGAAACUGACAACUUGUACUGGCUGCCGAACACAGUGCAGGUUUUUUGAUAUGACUCAGUGUAUAGGUCCUAAUGGAUAUAUGGAACCAUAUUGUUCAACUGCUUGCAUGAACAGUCACAAGACAAAAUAUGCAAAAUCACAAAGUUUGGGAAUUAUUUGCCAUUUUUGUAAGCGAAACUCUUUACCUCAAUACCAAGCCACAAUGCCUGAUGGAAAACUGUAUAAUUUUUGCAAUUCCAGUUGUGUGGCUAAAUUUCAGGCUCUAAGCAUGCAGUCAUCUCCAAAUGGUCCAUUUGUAGCACCAAAUGAUAUUCAGUUGAAAUGCAACUACUGCAAAAAUUCCUUUUGUUCAAAACCAGAAAUCCUGGAAUGGGAGAACAAAGUGCAUCAGUUCUGCAGCAAAACUUGUUCAGAUGACUAUAAGAAGCUGCAUUGCAUAGUUACAUAUUGCGAAUACUGUCAAGAGGAGAAGACUCUUCAUGAAACAGUAAAUUUCUCUGGCGUUAAGAGACCUUUCUGUAGUGAAGGUUGCAAACUAUUGUAUAAACAAGAUUUUGCAAGACGUUUAGGAUUAAGAUGUGUUACGUGCAACUAUUGUUCUCAGCUCUGUAAGAAGGGAGCAACUAAAGAACUUGAUGGUGUUGUGAGAGAUUUCUGCAGUGAAGACUGCUGCAAAAAAUUUCAGGAUUGGUACUACAAGGCUGCAAGAUGUGAUUGUUGUAAGUCACAAGGCACUCUUAAAGAGCGAGUACAGUGGCGUGGGGAGAUGAAACAUUUCUGUGAUCAACACUGCUUGUUACGUUUCUACUGUCAGCAGAAUGAGCCCAACAUGACAACUCAAAAAGGACCCGAAAACUUACAUUAUGAUCAGGGCUGUCAGACGUCCCGAACCAAAAUGACAGGUUCAGCACCACCCCCUUCUCCAACACCCAACAAAGAGAUGAAGAACAAAGCAGUUCUUUGCAAACCUCUAACAAUGACAAAAGCUACCUACUGUAAACCUCACAUGCAGACCAAAUCUUGUCAGACAGAUGAUAAUUGGAAGACAGAAUAUGUUCCAGUGCCUAUUCCUGUGCCAGUGUAUAUCCCAGUACCAAUGCACAUGUACAGUCAGAAUAUUCCUGUUCCUACUACUGUUCCUGUUCCAGUACCUGUUCCUGUUUUUCUGCCUGCUCCAUUGGAAAGCAGUGAGAAAAUUCCUGCGGUGAUUGAAGAUUUAAAAAGCAAAGUUUCUUCAGAUCCUCUUGAUACAGAGUUGCUUUCAAUGACAGAUAUGAUGGUUGAAGAUGAGGGGAAAACAGAGGCAUCUAACAUCAAUAGUGUAAUUAUUGAAACUGACAUAAUUGGCUCAGAUCUCAUGAAAAACACUGACCCAGAGACCCAGUCGAGCAUGCCAGAUGUACAGUAUGAACCAGAUUUGGAUAUUGAAAUAGAUUUUCCCAGAGCUGCUGAAGAGCUUGAUAUGGAAAAUGAAUUUUUAUUACCACCUGUUUUUGGAGAAGAAUAUGAAGAACAACCCAGACCUCGAUCUAAAAAAAAGGGAGCCAAGAGAAAAGCUAUAUCAGGAUACCAGUCUCACGAUGAUAGUUCUGACAACUCAGAAUGCAGCUUUCCUUUCAAAUAUACAUAUGGUGUAAAUGCAUGGAAACACUGGGUCAAAACUAGGCAACUUGAUGAAGAUCUCCUGGUAUUAGAUGAACUAAAAUCUCCUAAAUCAGUAAAAUUAAAAGAAGAUCUACUGUCUCACACCACAUCAGAACUUAAUUAUGGGUUAGCCCAUUUUGUCAAUGAGAUCCGACGGCCAAAUGGAGAGAAUUAUGCACCUGAUAGCAUCUAUUAUCUUUGCCUUGGAAUACAGGAGUAUUUGUGUGGUAGUAAUCGAAAGGACAACAUAUUUAUUGAUCCAGGAUACCAGAUGUUUGAGCAAGAAUUGAAUAAAAUACUCCGAAGUUGGCAACCAAGCAUACUUCCAGAUGGGUCAAUAUUCUCUCGAGUUGAAGAAGAUUAUCUCUGGAGGAUAAAACAACUAGGAUCACACUCUCCAGUAGCUCUUUUGAAUACCCUGUUCUACUUUAACACUAAGUAUUUUGGCCUAAAAACAGUGGAACAACACUUAAGACUUUCCUUUGGCACUGUGUUUAGGCAUUGGAAAAAAAAUCCUUUAACAAUGGAAAACAAAGCCUGUCUUCGAUACCAAGUAUCUUCCUUAUGUGGAACAGAUAACGAAGAUAAAAUUACUGCUGGAAAAAGAAAACAUGAAGAUGAUGAGCCAGUAUUUGAACAAGUUGAAAACACAGCCAAUCCUUCUAGAUGCCCUGUGAAAAUGUAUGAGUGUUACUUGUCUAAAAGUCCACAGAAUCUUAAUCAGAGAAUGGAUGUUUUUUAUUUGCAACCAGAAUGCUCUAGUUCUACAGAUAGCCCUGUGUGGUACACAUCUACUUCACUGGACCGAAACACCUUGGAAAAUAUGCUUGUACGGGUUCUUCUAGUAAAAGAUAUUUAUGAUAAAGACAAUUAUGAACUGGAUGAAGACACAGACUAAAAUGGAACAUUUCUGAAGCAGUCGGGAUAAAACAGCAUUAGAUAGUCAUGCUGCUAGAUCUUUACUAUGGAAAACAUUUCAAGUUUACUCCUUCUGUUUUCAGUUUUGUAGCAGUGUACCCACACUGGGUAUUACCAUGUAAAUAAUCUGUGAGUGAAAGUUGCCAUUAUUCUAUGUAGUGGUUUUAGGAUACUAAACAAAAUACAUUCAAAUUCUUUUUUUAUUAUUAUUUAUUUGAUUAGGUAUGUUUGUAACUUUUUACAUUACAAAAUAUGAAUGAAAAUGUGCCAUGUAUAAUUUUUUCUUGUAGUCAGAAACAUCCAUAUUGCACAACUCUACUGUUGCAAAGCUUCCUCGAGGGGGCACUUUUACUGGGUUCUUGACCAGAUGGUUGUAUAUGAGUAGCACUACUAAAAGUUUAGAAGUUGCAGUGUCUUUCAGAAUUUUUAAAAUAAAAUGUAAACUAAUAGGCUGGGUUUUUGUUUUGUUUUUUCGAGGGGUGUUUUGUUUGUUUUACAUUUUAGUUACUGAAGCCUUACAAGGUUAUGUAGAGAGAUACUAUCUUCUGUACCAAAAAUAGACAAGAGAAUGCUGUCAAUAUUGGUGUACUGUAAUGUGAAUCUAUACUGGUGAAAACAACACUUUGUUCCCCUUAUUAAAACCUUAGUGCCCUUUUCUCAUUUGUGGCUUUCUGCAUCACCCCAAUCAAUAUAUAUAGGUAAAGAAUGACUGUAAGUUGGAAACAAAAUCAAGACAUUUUUCUUUUUAAAAAUGUCUGAUGAAAGUAUGAGAUUCUCUUUUCUUUUUCUAUGUCAACUAUAAAUACCUGUAGUUCCUUUCGUUCAUAGGGUUUUUUAAUCUCCCCAUCCCACCCCCCAGGGUACAGAUCAUGCUGCAUUAUUACUUGCAUAGUACUCUUAAUCUUCACAGAUUUUAUUAGAAUUCUUGUGCCUGCUUCCAGAUAUGACUGAUGCAUACAUUGGGUAAAAUUGUUAGAAAUGCCACUCCUAAAGUAGUUGUUGUAAGAAAGUCAAGCUACUUUAAAUAUGAAAGUAUCACAUUUUACUAUGAAGGUUACCAGUAUAGUAAUUCUGAUUAUUUCAGGUAACUGAAGAACAAAGAACAACUGAUGGAUAAAGUCUGUCUCAGAGGAAAUCCCUGUUGAUGUUAGAUUGGCUUUUACAGUUUACUUCUUAUAGAAGAUUGCGUUUUAAAAAAAAAUACCUUUGUACUGUACUUCUGCAUAGCAAUUUAUCUGUUCAGACUUUUUCUUUUAAAAUAAGGAAAUUUACUUAAAAUUCUGCUUUCUAAGGACUGAGUAAAGUGCUGGCUGCAAAUUAUAAAUCAUCUGGCUGGCUUUGUAUAGCAUGUGUGUAAUCAUGUCGUUUCCUUGUUUCUAAAUCCUGAAUCACCAUGGUGACAUUAGUCUAAAAAUUAUUCAGGGGGAUAUUGGGCUCUUUUCCACAGUGGGUAGGCAAUAUUCACACAUCCCUUAGGUAUUUCUCUCUCUUAGGAAAAAUGUUAGCAUACUAAAGAAAUUUUCUCAAUUGUGAUUUGGAAAAUUUCACAGAUUUAAUCACUGUAUAUUUAAGCAAUAAUUACCUGAAAUGUUUUUGGCAUAAGAAAAUACUUUAUAAUGUUCUAACUUGUUUUAUAAAGAAAAAAAUUUUUAGUCCCUUGAUUUUGUAUUUGUUGAGUGGUAAUCAGAAUGACAAUAGCAAAUCUGGUGUAAGUUACUUUACUGAAAUAAAUUGCUGAUUAUUUAAUGAAGAAAAGUGGGUAACACAUUUAAAACACAGAAUACAAAAAUGUCCUCAAACUUACUACCUUUUUCCAGAACUAAUUUAAAUACUUUUCUUAUAAAUGCAUAUUGUUAAUUAAAAGAUGGUUAAUCUUAACUAUCUUUUAUUCUUAAAAGUGGUGCUAUAUUCCAUCAAGAGCAAUAAAUUUUUUCCCAAAUAUCA